ACUAGUAAUCUGUGGAUACUGGUGAUUUUUGCUUGCAAGUUGCACCUUGAUUUUCUCGAUUUAUUGUUACGUCAUAGGCUAGAGAAAAUUGGCAAAAUGUCCGAAAAAAACAUAAUUCCCGUGGUCAAAGCUGAUGAGGAGGAAGAGGAGGAAUUAGUUGACCCUCAACAGGAGUUAAGAGACUCCUGCUCCCAAAAACCAGAACUGCAAUCCUUGUGGGGCAAAUACACUGAAUGCAAUGACCGUGUCAACUCUCGCUCCAACACUGCUGAAACAUGCGAGGAGGAACUUAUUGACUAUGUACACGUCCUUGACAAGUGUGUCAACAAAGACCUCUUCAGCAGGCUAAAGUAAAGCUGUUCCCUUUAUACAUUAUUUGUUCCGUAAGUGAGGUUUGUUAGUAGAAAUCAAUAGCCAAGUAAUUAUUAUAAUUUAUAAUGUGAUUUUGUUGAGAUGUAUGUAAAUAAAUAUUAAAAAACA